AUGGCUGCGACAAUAUCCUUCACUCGCAGACUGUUCUCCAACAGAAAAGAUCCGGGUCCCGACAAGAAGCCAGAAGAGCAAGACGUCUUCGUGAUGUUUCCUGAUGGCGACAGCUCCGCAACAAACAGCCAACCAACCGGUUUCUCGCUCCUGAGGCGAUCUUUCGUUCCAUCGCUCUCCAUAUCAGGCAAGCGAUUCAGCACACCUCCACCUUCCUCAGUCAAGACUAUCCCCAACCGGUGCCAGAUAUGCCGUAGUCUGGACAUCUGGCAGGCCACGGAGCGCCUUCCGGGAUACACGCUUUCUGCUCUCGUAGAUGGUGUUGUGCUUGCCAGAAUUGGGGCUUUCGAGGAAUCCCAAGACUGCGAUUUGUGUCAGCUUUUCUCUAGGCUGUACAUAGAGGCUGAUGCAUGGCCAUCUGGCUUUGUUCACACGGCCGAACUGCGUGCUUUCCCCCUGAUUCCGCACAUCGCACUGCAAUCUCACAGGCAAGGAUUCUGGAAAGGGGACAAGCAGUACUUGUUCGAAUCGGAUGAUUUGACGGACUACUUCCUUGCGGUCGUUCCAUCCGACUUCACCCAUACAGGCGACAGGGAUAACUCGCUGCUUGAAAAGCUGAUAUCCAAACAGGGCCUGGUAAUGUGGCAUCGAGAAGUGCAGAGGAAUACACGACUGAUCUCUCCGCGAAUUGUUGCACCUCAGUUCAACCCACGAGUCGUUCUAGAGUGGCUGGACUGCUGCGCGAAGCACCACCCGACUUGCUACCGUGGACAGGGCGCUCUGUCCGACAUGCAACUUAUCGACUGCGAGAGUCGAAGUGUCGUCACGGUGAAUUCUUUACCGACUGACAAGGCCCCUGAAUAUGUGGCUCUGAGCUAUGUAUGGGGUAAAGGUACCUGUAGCCUCUUGGAGUUUACAGAUACGGGCAUGUCACUACCCAAGAGUUUACCCCAAGUGGUUGAGGAUGCAAUGAAAGUAACGGUUGCACUCGGCUUCCGCUACAUUUGGGUCGAUAAGUAUUGUAUCAAUCAGCAUGACAGCAGCAAAAAACACGAACAGAUCAUGCACAUGGACUUUGUGUAUCAAAAUGCUGUGCUCACCAUAAUCGCCGCGGCCGGAGAGGACGAAACAAAUGGCCUGCCUGGAAUAUCAACCGAGCGACAGUCACGGCAAAGCUUUUUCCCUCAUGAGCGAUUCAAUCUUCGCUCAGCCCUUCCUUCCCCUCAGCAAAGUAUUCUGAAUUCCCGGUGGGCGACGAGAGGCUGGACAUAUCAGGAAGCUGUCUUGUCGAGCCGACGUCUCAUCUUUACUCAAGAUCAGCUUUACUUCGAAUGUGGUUCCAUGCAUUGCCACGAAAGUCUGCGCAUAUCGUUCGAUACCUUCUAUCGAAAGCGGAGGUCCCACCUUGACGACUACAUCAGUCGUUCGCUCUUUGGGUCAGAGUAUCUAACAAAUCAAUCCUUGUCCUAUGACGAGGCAUCCAGACUGGACAAGUUCCUCGCCUACACACAGUGCGCCGAGCAGUAUUCAAAACGUUUAUUGAGCUUCGACGAAGAUACCUUCAACGCCUUCAGUGGUAUCAUCAAGAGACUGGAAUCAGCAUCGGACUUCUCCGUCCGCCAAAUAUGGGGAGUUCCCUUUUACCACCCGAAAGACGACAUUCUGGCACCUGUUGGGAGUACGGACUAUUCAGAAUAUCUUAUGGCCGCCCUCUCGUGGAAGCAUGAAUUAUACAAGCCCACUCGCAGGCGUAAACAAUUCCCUUCCUGGUCUUGGAUGGGAUGGGAAGGCUCUGUGGCCUGGCCAGUACCCCUCGAUGCCCAGAGCCUGACGAGCCUGGAGGGAGUUGGCCUGGCUAGCACGCAGCUGUACCUUGAAGAUGGCACCACGUUAUGUUUGUCUGAUCUUGACCCCAGAAAUCCCGGUCAGAACUUCUCCCAGCCGAAAGCUCUUCUCAUCAACACUUUCUCUGUGCCCCGGACAGCCUUCAUAUCCAAUGCUUCUGGCUACAGCAUGCGACUUGCUAACGGCGGAGAAGUUCGGCUGUACCCUAGCAAGGAAGGCCUGGACGCAUCCAAGGUGUUCAAGAGAAUACAAACUGGGCGUUACGAGGCUAUCAGGCUGGGUACAGUCAAUGGUGAUGCGUACAUGAUGCUGAUCAAGUGGUAUCGCAACUCAGCAUAUCGCAUCGGCACGUUGGUGGCCAGCAAGUUCUACCUGACGUAUUACACUUCAGUGGCAAGAACCUUCAAGAUCAAGUAG